AUGCGGACCUGGAAGCAGAGCACAGAGCCGGGAGAGCAGCGGUACCAGGAGCGUUUACUGCUGCCGGACGCCCCGGCCACCGCCAUGGCGGCUGGACAGCAGGAGUGGGGAGCCUGGGUGUCCAAGCUGAGGGUAUUAGAGGAACAGAGGGACCCCUCAGAGUCCAAGGGGCUGUGCGUCCCUGACCCAGAGCACCUCCCACCCUGUGAGUUCAGGGUCUGGAAGAGGUCGGGGGCCUGGUUCUACAAAGGGCUCCCCAAGUAUAUCCUGCCCCUGAAGACCCUUGGCCGAGCAGAUGACCCCCACUUCCGACCUUUGUCCACGGAACCGGCAGAGCGAGAGCCCAGAAGCUCCGAGACCAGCCGCACCUACACGUGGGCCCGAGGAAGAGUGGUUUCCAGCGACAGUGACAGUGACUCGGAUCUCAGCUCCUCCAGCCUAGAGGACAGACUCCCACCCACUGGGGUCAGAGACUGGAAAGGUGACAAACCCUGGAAGGAGUCAGGUAAACGGGUGUCCAAGGAGUUCUACAUCUGGAAGGAGAAGCAGGCCUAG